AUGGCGCAGAGAGCAGAGACAGAGGUGAAGGAAGCGGACCACAUCUUUCUGCUGAUGAAGGAAGAGUACCGCAUCUCUCGGAAUGUGCGCCUGGCCUGGUUCCUUGGGAAACUCAACCAAGUCAUCUGGCCCGUGUCCACACCAGAGCUGUUACACUCGGACAAUGAGCUGGACCUGCUGAGCAUCCUGCCUAAAGGCGGGCAGCGUGAGUCCAGCUGCUCCGCUCAGCCCUAUGUGCUGGUGCCCUCGACCAGAGCCUCCUUUUUAGCCCGAAGGUACCGCUUUGUCAUCCAGCUGGACCUGAGCCCUUCCACCAGGAUUGUGGACGAUGGCACUGGCGAGAUGAUCUUUGAUGAGGUCUUCCACGCUCUUUCCAAGUGUUUGUCUGGCCUCAUCCAGCCCUUUAAAGUGCCAGGGACCGACAAGUUAUUCCGACCCAAUAUCUUCGUCACCAUCCUGGCCUACUCCUCCGUCAUCGGCCUCAGCUCACAUCAGGUCCUGGUUCAGGGAUGUCAGUUGGAGCGCACGGAUCUGGACGUGUUUCUGAAAAACAUCUACCAACAGCUGCGAGCUCUGGAGAACAGCAUCGCGGAUGUGCUGCACCGGCAACAUCUGCAGGCAGAAGAACCAGCCCAGAGCACAGAGGAGACCUGGUCCAGUCAGGGCGGAGUGUCCAUGGUGGCUGCAGACAUGGGGCUGGUCAGUAUGAUUCGCCAAGGGAUCCUGGCUCUGCAGCUGCUGCCCCCCAACUCCACUGCAGGCAUCAUCCUGAUCACAGACGGAGUGAGCAGUGUUCCAGAUGUGGCCAUGUGUGAAACUCUACUGAACCAACUCCGCAGCAGCACCAUCGCCUGCUCCUUCGUACAAGUGGGCGGGUCCUACUCGUACGACUGCAGCUUCGGCUUCAUCCCCAACGUGGAACUGAUGAGGUUCAUGUCCUUGGCCACGUUUGGCUCGUACCUGCCCAGCUGUCCCGAGUUAUCCCCGGGCAGCGAGGACAUGAACGUCUACCACCAGGCGUUCCUCACCUACUCCUUCCUCAAGAACCCGGAGCCUUCCAACAGCGAGAGUUUAAGUGUGCCUCAUCACAAGCUGUUCAACGAGCACCUGGUGUCUGCCAGUGGGAACCCGGCGCUGGUGAUGAGGAGGAAGAAGCACACAGAGAAGGAGCUGCUGGCUCACCUGGUCAGUGUGGUGUCGGUGCGCCUACGCGAGGGCUACACCAUUCGAGACGUUGGCCUGUCCAAAGGUGGGAACCAGCUGGAGGUGAAGCUGGUGCUGCUCUGGAAACACAACAUGCAUAUCGAGUACGUGGCCUCUGCUCCCUGGCCUCUAGACGCCGCCCGGAGGAGCACCCGUGUGGAGGUGACCAUGGAGGGCAGCUAUGACAUCCUCCACGAUAUCAGCUGUACCCAGAGGAAGCCCAUCACCAGCCCCUACCGCACCUGUGUGAUCCGCCGCUUCUGGAACACGCUGCAGAGUAUAAACCAAACGGACCAGAUGUUGGUGCAUCUCCAGUCCUUUAACUCCAGCCCAGAGAACUACACUAUUCCGGAGAGCACCAAAAAUGGGGUCCCUUUGUUCUACAUUCCUCCUGGUUCUACCACCCCCGUCCUGUCCCAGCAGCACAGCGGCUCCAAAGACUCCUCUCAGUCCCAGUUUGCAGCCUACUGGAAGCCCAUCUUGUCCAUGGACGCUAACUUCUGGCAGCGGUGGUUGCAUAUGCAUCGCAUCGCCAUCAUCCUGGAGCAUGACAUGCCAGCCCCAAAGCACCUACACACCGCUGGGAGCAACGGUCGCUACAGCACCAUCCAGUGUCGCAUCUCGCACUCGGCCCUGACGUCUCUGCUUCGAGACUGCAGCAGCUUCGUGCUGGUGGAGGGAUACUCCUACGUCAAGCUCAUCUACAGUUCCUCCGAGCAGCCCCCGUCCUCCUUCUACUUGGUGCGCCUCAUCUCCAAAGCCCCCUGCAUGGUGCUGCGGCUGGGCUUCCCAAUUGGAACUCCUGCUCACAUAAGGAACAAGAUUGUGGAUAAACUGAAAGAGCAGAUCCUCAAACUGCGGUUCCCACAUCGAGUUCAGAACAAAGAAGCCACGCCAAAGACCAAGAGGAAAGCCGUUAUCCAGCAGUCUCCCUCCAAGCCCCCGCCCAGUGCACCCCCCCAGGCCUGCCUCUCCGACAGACCCUGUGUGGUGGUCCUCAACAAGCCCCUGGAGAAGAUGCUCAUCAGGUACGAGAAGCUGCCGUUGGACUUCAGGACCCCGUACAUCUUCAACAUGGAGAACGGCCCUCACCCCUGUGCUGGAGCGGCUCCUCUGAGCGUGGCAGCCAAUCGCACGGCCUCCUCCACCCUGGCCUCCCUCACGCGCUACCUCCUGCACCGGCGCUGGGUGUGGGCGGUGCAGGGAGCCCAGGGGCCCAGCGUGCCCCUCCAGGCCGUGGCCCACAUUCUCUCCUUGUUGUCUGAAAUCCGUGUUUCGGAGGGUUUCCACUUUGCCGCCAGUGGAGAAGGCAUCAUAAACCUGGUCAUUGAGCUGCCCAUGAGAUUGUCCUCAGACACAGACACAGACACAGAGAACCCCUCAUGCAUCGUCCAGUACAUCAUGUUCCCCCCACACUCCACCUCUGCCAAAGACAGGUACAAUAGCCCUCAUUUCAGCUUCUCCACAGAUGACGAUAUUGACACAGAGCUGGAGACUGUGGAUGUGGAUUCAGACUUGAGCCUGGUGACGGAGUGCUGGGUGGAGCCUCAGAGUGGCUCGGUGCUGCCCCCUUCAGAGCAGCUGCGUCACCUGCAGGGCCUACAGUACCACCAGAUCCCACAAGCAAUCUUCCCUGGAGACAUGGCCUGCAUGUCCACCAUGAUGACCUUCGAGCACUUGAACCAACUGUGCCACAACAAGGAGCAGGAGUGUUCUCUGCCGCCCACAGACCAGCAGCCCCCUGAAGAACGUGUGAGCUCCGAGACUGACAGCAUCCACAUGGUCCCGUUUCACUUUGAUCUGAUGCAGCUGCUGCCGCGGUGCCAGCAGGUGGAGCUGUUCUUCCACACCUUCAGCACAGUCCCGCAGAGCUCGGACCCUCAGGCCUGCGUUCCCAACGAGCUGCUGCUCAGCCUGUUCCACUGCAGCCUGAGCCAGGAGCUGAGUAACAGAGAAGUCCCUCUGACCGACGCCGACCACAGAGCCCUCAUCCAACACAUCCUCCAGAGGGAACGCCACGGACACGCUGCGCCCUUCUCUCUACUGCCCAUUAGAGAGGAAUGUGUCCAAGCCUGGGACAAACAGGACCCCGGGAACUCCCACACAAGCGAGGGCAUGAAGGAGGUGAUGGGCUCCACCAGCACUCUGCAGAGUCUGAGCAUCACGGAGAUGGUGGAGGAGGAGCCUCUGGUGCCGCCGCCGCACUCGCCUCAGUGGAGGUGCUACGCCAAGUCCGUCUCCUCCCAGCACAUCCUCAUCACUCUGAUUCCUGCCAGCUUUACGGACGUGCUGAUGCUGAUGGCCUCUGGGCUGCAGAGCGACAGUAGUAACGAGAGCUCCCAGGAAGAUGACACCCUGACCACCAGUGUUCACUCCCAAGCGGUCUCUCUGGACACCGGCCUGGAGCAGACUGAGAGUGGGCCCCAAGCAGGCAGUCUGGACCCGCCUGAGACCCAAAGUAGUGUGCAGUCCAGUGUGGAUGGGGUUAGCAAUGCUCGCUCCCCUCCAGAGCCCUGUGACCCGACGGGGUGUGAGAAGAACCCCAUAUCAGAUGUGGACAGAGGAGGGGUGCAGUUCUCAAACAGUCCCCCCCCAGAGCCCCCCCCAGAGCCCCCCCCAGAGCCCCUCCCAGAGCCUCUCCCAGAGCCCCUCCCAGAGCCCCUCCCAGAGCCUCUCCCAGAGCCCCUCCCAGCUCAGCCCACGUCCGGACAGCGACCCAGAGACGUUUUCCUCAGGAGUGUGUCCCAGGAUCGCAGCAGCCCGUCCCCCUGGACAGAGCGCCUGUCCCACAAGUACAAGGACCUGGCCCAGUACUGCAGCCUUCUUCAGGAACACUACCACCAGAGCUACGUCAAAGGAGUGUUCCGCAGUCUGCAGCAGUCCUACAGCAUCAGCUCUCAGGAUGUCCUACUGGCCAUGGACUACUGCGAGGAGUCUCUCCAGGAGAUGGACAUCAGCGCCUUCUUGCACACACUCUGCGGACACGUGCGGCACUUCAGAGAGCAGCCGUCUCCCAGGGCAACGUUCUCUGUGGGGAAGAUCGAGGAUGAGGACGAGGCCAGUGUGUGGAUGAACGCCUCCAGUGAAAGUGACCGAUUAUCUCCACGGACUCAGAGUGAAGCCAAGACGGAUGCGCUCCCAGAGUUCCCUCUGUCGCUGCUGCAGAGCCAGAGCAAGUGUGAGGUGUACCCCGACCUGCAGCAGAUCAUGCAGGAGCAGUUCAGUGAGAUCAUGUCCCAGUAUUUCAAACCUGUUCCGUCCAGUCCACAUUACUUUUUCUACUGUCCUCCUUCCAAAAAAGAGCAGGACUCCGAGGACGAGGAGACUGAGAGGAGGCCCAUCGACGAGAUUCUCUCCGAGGCAGAGCCGGCUACAGAAGAUGAGGCCGUGUGCGUCCUGACAGAGAGCGACUCGGACCUGCUGGUGGAGUACGAGGACCAGCCGGGGCCCCUUGCUCAGGCGGAGGUCAGUUCUGCGUCAGACUCCAACACCAUGAACCAGGACGAUGACUCCUUCAGCAUCCUGGAGGUGGACGGCUCGGUGGACGGGCUGCAGCUGGACAUGCCCCCUCUCUUUGUGCACAUCACCUGCUCUGUGAACGCCAAGGGCAGCCAUGGCUCUGUGCCGGUCCAGACCCUGCCCACGUGUCUGGCUCAGAUCCUCCCGUGUCUGGAGAACGUGGAGCUGCUGCACUCUGUGGAUCUGAAGGAGCUCUCGGUCACACUUGAUAUUUACAUCUUGACCCUUCCUCUGGAGUUUGAAGUUCUGGCUGACUUCCAUCACAACAGGUACACAUCAGAGAGCAGUGUGUCUUUGAAUCGCUCACCUGCACAACCGUCUUCGUUUCGCUCUGAUGAUGGACUGAUGGUGGGACUGGAGUGUCUGCGGGCCGGAGCUAUGGAUGGCAUCAGUGGGGACUCUCUUUCCAAACUGCCUGAUCCUCACAGAUCUGCAAUCGUAGCCACUAUGGAUGAGAUCCGCUGGCUGCUGGAGGACGAGAUGGUGUCUGCUCUGCGCUCGUGCCGCUGCGUCGUUUCAGAGACGUUGGUCAAAGUGACGGAGCACGUGUCGCGCUCGGCGGGACGCUCACACUACCACAGCGAGGAGGUCCCUCUGCAGUUCGUCUUCGGUCCAGAGCAGUCGCUGGAGGAGUUCAAACAGGAGUUCCGGCGCGUGUCGAUGUCUGGAUACGUGUUCAAUGCAGAGGAAGAUUUCUUCUACUUGUCUUUGAGCCGACGGCAUCCUCAGCGAAUGCUCAGCCCCAACAAGCUGCCAUCGAACAAGGGGCCCCAACCCAGCGGCCCUUGCUCUGAGGAAGUGGAGGCCCCGGCUGAAGCAGACCCUGACCUGGGCCCCACAGACGGCCCUCAUCUCAGUGACACAAACUCAGGAGCGAAGCCACCAGUGUCCAGCUCACCCCCCAAAGUGUCCCCCUCCAGCGGGCCCCUGGGGGAGUGUGUGGGGCCCAGCGCUCACAGUUGUGAGAUGCCCAGGCCCAGGCGUGUCCAGAGCGUGGUGUCCAGUCAGGGCAGCCUGGACUCCGACAUGCAGGGUUACGAUGGCGGCAGCAGUGAUUCGGAGUGUGACAGCCCCACCCUCGGGGAAGGGGACACGCAGCCCCCUCUGAUGCCGGACUUCUGGUUAAUCCUGAGAGUGCAACAGGACAGAGUGAAGGUCUACUCCCACUCCAGGCCCCGCAGGGUGGGAGUGGCGAGCAGCUGUGAGGAGCAGCUGCCUGAGCACCUGCAGCUCCAUCAGGCCGUGGUCAGGAGGAUCGGGGACAUCUGCCGCGUGGUCAACCAGCGCAUGCUGCUCCAGGACCUCCACGACAGUCACGUCUGUAACUCUCUGCUGGUGGCCGAGAGCGAGGAGGACAUCUGGAAGAACGAGCCGGUGUACCGGCAGCGGGCGCACACCUCUGACGAUUACAACACGGACACGGAGAGUUACUCGGCCCGCGACUACCUGGCAGCGACCAUGCACUUCAUCCCCGGACACUUCGCCUGCGACGUGAUGUGGAGGACCAUCAUACACAUUCACCCGCGCCUUAAGAUGGGGCCGAACAUGGGAGUGUCCAGAGCGACCCAGGCCCUGCGCUCGGUGCUGAGCUCCUUCUGUGUGGUCAACCGGAAGAAUAUGUUUGUGUACCAGGAACGCACAACCAAGUCCGUCUUCUACCUCAGGCUGUGUGAAACCUCGUUGGAGAACCAGGGGCCUUCCCAGCGCUCGGUGGCCCUUUCCCGGAGCCAGGAACCCUCCCUGUUAGACAAUCCCAUGGGCUCACGGUCGUCCUUGGAGGCGUCCCGUCCAGUGGGACAGGUGGACAAACACAUCCUGUUACUGGUGCACGGAGUGGAAAAUGCAGGUCCUGAGAUCACAGAGGAUCUUGUCAAAGUUCUGCAGAAGCGUCUGGACGAGACGACCCUGGACAUCAUUACAGUCAUGCUGGUCCGUAACUGCAAACUGACCCCUGCUGAUGUGGAGUUCAUCCAGCCCUCCGACUCGCCGCCCUCAGAGGUCAUGGUCUUCAGCCUUCCAUCUUACUGUGGAGCCUGGCUCCCUGCCGUGGCGCACUACCUUCGCCAAAACCUCCUCAUAUUCCUGCAUGUUCCAAAGUACACCGACAACAACAUGGCUCACCACUUCAAGCACGCCAAUAAUGUGAGCAGUGAUGGGCCGGACGGAGACAUUUACCUGUACAACAAACCAGGAGGCCAGGGCACCGGCGGCAAAGGUAUCGCCUGCAUCACCCUGUCCUUCGUGAGCCCAGAGGGCGCUGCUGUCCCCGUCCUGCCUCAGAAAACAGAAAGUGUUCUGACCUUUGAUCCACAGCAUUAUGAGGAGCUGACCAAGGUCCUGAAGGUGGACUCCUGCUCAAAGGACAAUGAGCAACAGCUGCUGCUGCACUUCAACAUCUGGGAACAAGGAAACAUCAGCCCGCUACAGCUCAGCGAUAAACUCCAGGGGGCGCUGCGGCAUGCUCUGUCUGAUGUAGUGAUGGAGCUCCAAGUACUGCCCAACCCGCUCUGUGUGGACGUGUCCUACCAGCCAGCCAAGGCCUCCAGGGACGAGGGCAAAGACCCGGGAACGCCAACGCUGGAUUUGAAGGACCGGCAGCGCAGUGUAGCACGGCUCCUCAAAGGAAGUCCCUCCCCCAUAGUCUACAGCCAGGGCACAAGCUCCGCCCCCCUGUCUCCCGAGUCCACCACCCCGACAAGCAAGAGCACCCGCCGCAGCUUCUGGGACAUCCUGAGUAAACCCGACUCCACGGAGCUGGGCAGUCCAAAGACCACAGAUGACAUUGUGCCGGAGCGCGGUGAGGAGGGCAGAGGCACGCGCCGCAGACACAAGACGGAGACUGUCAAACAGCCGUGGGGUCAGGAGCGCUCCGGGCUGCUGGAGCUGGAGCAGCAGAGGAGACAAGUGACCCAACUGGAGGAGGGGGAUGUGGGGGCUCUACAUCCCAUUUAUCAGCUCUUUUUUGAGUCCUGGAUUACCUUCAUGGCCAGACUGGGCUGCCCAUCCAUCCAACAGUGCACAGCAGAGUUGGCCUCUCACUUCCUCCUGCCCUCAUUCCUUGCAGAGAUUGUCAACUUGGUCAGUUCUUUGGCCAGUGACACAAUGGUCAAGGUUUUCCAGAAGACCAGCUUCCAGUCCACUGGGGACCUGUUCCUGCCUCUGAGUGUGGGGCAGAACCUCAGCCCAUCCCUAAAUCCCUCACAGAGCUUUAUAGUCACCGGGCGCAACUUUCACCAGUGGCACAACAGCACACAGCAAGUGAACAAGGGCCUACAGCACUUCGAGGCCCUGGAUCCCAGCGACGGGUCUGUUCCAGCGACGGGGACCGACGCUGCUCCACGACAGAGGUUUCUCUUCGUCACCAUCACUCGCAGAAAGAUGGCUCUGUUCAGCUACAACUGGUCUGUGGACUUGGGCCAGACCCUGAACCGGGAGCUGCAGCGGCUUGUUCACUGGCAGAACGCUCGAGCUCAUGUGGUGCACUGUCUGCUGAGCCAGAAGAUGGGCCUGUUCCACCACUUCUGCUUCUCCGACACUCCGGUGCACCAGCCAGACCCCAAGCAGGACCCAAACCCGUUCCUUGGCCCGUCCAUGGAACCAGAUGCCUUGCUUCGGAACGCCAUGCCCCCAGUGUCCAGUAAGGAGCAGGGCAGGCUGGGGGGGAUUCGCAGCCUGGCCCCCCUGCACUUCCCCUCUGAGCUGCUGCCGUUCGACGAGGCUCUUCGCGACGUCUGCUCCAUCCCUGCGCUGAGCGAGGGGGACGCCGUGUCUCGCCACGGCGGCCAGCUGCUGGACAUCAAAGCCUCGGAGCGCAGAGAGCUGGAGAAGCAGAUGAAGAUCGAGAACCUGUUUGUGACGUGGCAGCAGCGCUCGGCUCAGUCCAACAUGCCCAUCUCUGCAGCAGAUCUGGAGAUCCUUAAGCAGUCGUCCAGAGUGGUCCACUACUGUGCCACUCCUCUGCUCUUUGACCCAGUUUUCCGUAGAAAGAUCCAGGAGGAGCUGUUCAUCCAUUCUCCCGUCAAGAAGCGGCACCGCUCCAGUGACUCGAGCGCAUCAGGCCGCGACCGCAGCUACAGCACAGAUUCUGGGGACAUACUUCCCACUCGUCUCUGGGAAGAACCUUGGCUCCAAGACGUGUCCUGCUCCUUCCUGCAGCACUACGUCCAGUACCUGCAGAGCAUGGGCUUCAUCCUGGUGCAGGUGCGGCCGCAGUCCCCCGCUCGCAGCAUCGCCCGCAGCCGCGCCGCCAUGUUGAACUCCAUGUCGUCUGAGGGCCGGAUGUCCUUCUCUUACGUCAAACAGAAGAGCGAGGACAGCCCCAAGGCGUCUCCAUCGGCAGCCACUCAUUAUCACCUGCAGAGGGCGCUGCCAGGAGGAAUCGUGCUCAUGGAGUUGGCUUUCCAGGGAUGUUACUUCUGUGUGAAGCAGUAUGCCCUGGAAUGCUCUCGCAUCCCCGUGGGUCAGUCUGUAAACUCCCAGGGCAGCCUCCUGGCCAAACCACGCUCCAAGCCGUACCCCGAUGCCCCGCCCGUGUUUGACUGUGCGCUGUCCAUGCUCUUCACGGAGGAGUGCGACAAAGUCCGGGACCUGAUGCACGUUCACUCCUUCAGCUACGACUUCCACCUGCGCCUGUGCCACCAGUACCUCCAGGGCAGUCACAUGACCCUCCGGCAGGGAUACCAGCUCACCGACUUCCUGGACGACUUCAUCACCCACCAUCCGGACAUCCCCAAGUUUGGCCACAACCACGUCUUUCAGGGAAACUUUUCCAUCUCCACGGGGAUCAUCACCUCGCACCAGCUCUACAACUACCUGACGGACCACGCCGGGACCUACGGCAUGAAGCCCCUGCGCAUGUCCCGAGCCGCCUCCGCCUCCGACAGCAAGAAGACCUCCCCCGAGCUGCACGAGUACGCUCUGGUGUCGCUGUGGUCCAGUUCUGGCUCGUACAAAGACCUGGAGGGCCUGCAUCACCAUGACGACUUUGACGUGUCGCUGGUGGUGUGUCACAACGCUGCGCCGUUUGAGGAGCAGCUAGAAUCAGAGAAACAUCUGCUCAGGCUGCGGUUCUUCGUGUUGAUGACCAGCCAGAGGGAGCAGUUUCCUCGCCUCACUGCAGACAUGCGACGCUUUAAGAAGCUGCCGCAAAUCCACAAGGAGCCAGAGCAAUCUCAACACACGGACAAGACGGGAGCUUCUCUGGACGCGGGGGACCAGGCACAAGAGGCCUCUGCCGAAGGGGCCGACCCGUACCCUCCGCCUGGCGUCCCCGAGCUGUCCCCUCUGUUCCCGCUGCUGCAGACCGAAGUGUCCACGGCUCAGAGGCAGAUCAUCCAGAGCACCGUGGAGCAGGCCAUGAAGCACUGCCGCCGGGACAACCUGUGGAGACGCCUGUUCCACGGAGAGCACGUCACACUGGACAAACUCAAACUCACCAAGCUGUCCUUCAUGGAGCUGGAGGAGCUGCUGGACGCCGUGCAGAGCUGCUCCGUGGAGGAGAUCGACCGGCAGCUGGAGUGCUUCCUGACCAUGAGCCCAGCCUGGUAUCAAAGUCUGAUCAAAGUCCUUCUGAGCCGCUUCCCUCAGAGCUGCAGAUACUUCGACGACUGUGGUGUGCAGUACCUGGCGGUUCUCAACCAGAAGUUCACGGACUGUUUUGUGUUGGUCUUUCUGAACCUUCAGGCUGCGAAGAUGAGCCUGAAGGUGGUGUUCCGGGAGCCUCUUCCUGCUCAGCCCCCCUCCGGAGGCGGCCCCCCUCCUCAGCUGGUGCACAUGUAUCACCACCUGGAGUCCAUCAUCAAUGUGGCCUGUUUCAACAUGUGGAGCGGCCUGCUCUAG